AAAAUAGUAAUUAUAUGAAGAAUGAAGUUUACGUAUCAGAAUAAUCAUAUAUGAAAAUGUGGGUGUAUACGUUUAUGUGCGUCGUCAAUACCAGACAGUGCUGUACAGGAAUUACAACCUAUACAUGAAUUUAAGACACAGAAGUAGUAUGGGUUAAGAAGCUAACCAGCACUGUGAAAUCAACAGGCUAAGAAGGUGAAAACGGCAGCGACUGAGGCAAAUAUUACAUCGAAAUCGCUGUUGAAAUGGGCUUUGAUUGUUGUUGCAUUUUCAUAAUAAUAUCCUAAUGACUUUUAUAGCGAACUUUGAGCUUAGCUGUGGAACUGAUUUUGAUAUUUAAAUUUUUCUUCAGUUUACUGAAGCAAGAGAUUAACUAUAAGACCACAUUCAAUUUUCGAAGCAUACAAAUAUUCGAAAUGAACGAAACCGUAACUGACAAUCCGUCAACUAUUUUUAAUAUCAUCAACGAGAGCCCUGUGUCUGGAUUCUGUAGAAUAUUAACUCUGUUGAUUGGUGUUGUCGCAAUAGCUGAGAAUUUAGUAACUGUGUUGAUGUUAUGUUUCGUCCGGCAACUCCGAAAAUUACAAAAUGUUCUGAUCGCAAAUCUUGCUGUCGUUGACUUUCUAGUUGGUGUAGCAACAACUUGGUUUGUGACGUCGCACCUAUACCGCAGCUCAUACAAUACAUAUUCUCUGUUAAGCCUCAACUCGACCUCAAAUGCAAUGUUUUCUUUAAUUUGGAUAUUUGCUGUUAGUUUGGAACGCUUCCUAGCUGUAGUGGUCGCUCCUCUUCGCUAUCGGUACAUUGUUAAUAAAUGUCGAUUAUUAAUUUCAUGUAUUUUGAUAUGGCUAUUUUCUAUAUGUUUCAUGACCUGUAUUUUGACAAUGAUCGCUUUUGGAUUAUAUGAUCCAAAAUAUCUACAAAUCGUGUAUUUGGUAUAUUUUUCAAUGACUUGCACUGUCGGUAUAGUGUAUUUAAUAAUCUUUUCGUCUGUAAAAUGUCAGAGUAAACGAUUUCAGACAGGUUGUGUCUUUGGGGCUGCUCGGCAAGCCCGAUUGAGGUCGCUUUUCUUUACGUUUGCUAUAUUAUUUGGUAUACUUUGCUUAUGCUUAUUACCAAAUCAGUUAUUCAUGAUGUAUGUAAUUAAUAACCAAUCACCAAAUAUUGUUUUUAGUCUAGAUAACACAUUUAAAGCUGUAUUUUACGAUAUCAAUCACAUGCUACUGCCACUAAAUUCAGCGUUGAAUCCAUUUGUGUAUUGGUGGCGUAUACCAGAAUUCCGACAAGCAUAUACGGGUGUUUUCAGACGAUGUAGGCCUAAAUUAAAGUGUUGCUCUGUAAGAAAACGUAGUUCUGUCAACCUAGAUACUAUUACAACCAGUUUGUAAAAUGAUAUUUUAUCGACUCUACUGUACAAUCAUUUUCUAGAUUCUAGACUGUAUGUCGAUUGCUUUGUCGAAAUUAAGUCCUUAUAGGAGGUACGCCUUUGUCCUCGCCUUCUGUAAUGUAUCAGUGAGUAAAACAGACAAAACAGAAAUCAUGGUGUUACAUGAAAACGUACAAAGCUGAGAAAAAUCGAAAAAAAAAUUUAUGAUAUUAAUAGGUAAAAAUGCUGAAAUCAUUAACCCAUAUAAAGAUCUAGGUUUCGUUUUCUAGUUAUGCUGAAUAUUGUCAUAGAAUCUUGUUGUUUAAAGUUCAAUAAAAAGCAAUAUUUUUCAUAUUCUGUUAAUACAUGGAAACUUUUUUUAUUUUAAGGUUUUG